CAUUUGGCGCUCCUCACUGAAUCUUUUUUCCCUGGGCUUUUCCGAUUAAUGAAGCAGAUAGCUUAAUUCUUGCAGUGAGCGACUUGAAGUCUUUGCGCUCACAAUUUACAACUGCGGAAGGAUAGAAAGACUUAUUGAUUUAUUUCGAUUCUCGAGAUCAUUCGCGACAAUCCACUGCCUAGUACCGGUCCAUCAUUCAAUCGACAUCAUUACUACCAAAAGUACCUUUAGUUGAACUACAGGAAAAAUAUUCUCAGCACUAAUCGUGGAUCCGGAAUCGAGAAUUGGACUCCUAGAAGACACCUUCUAUUCAGACUCAAACUCGGACGUCAAUUCUGUAUAUCAGGACGAAGGCCAGGGUCAAUUGGAUUUCAGUGCGCAAAGAUUUGGUAGAGACAACAUGAGUCCCAAAAUGGAUGACGGUGCGAAAGGUACCGGGGUAGAGACCAACAUUAAUUCUUUGGGAGGCGAGAGACAUACAAAAUCGAGUGAUGGCACAGCUGCAGACGGCAGUGGAAGCUUUGAGAUGGCUGGCGAUCGGGCCAGUGGAGAUCGGAUCAAUGGAGAGAUAUUGGAACAUGCCAUUGAAAAUUUGGAGUCCAAAAAGAAAGCAUGGUGGGCAUAUUUGCUUACACGGGACUUCUGGAUGGUCUUGAUUCUUGGGUAUGUUUAUUUUUGCUGUUAAGAUGAUGGGAAGUCUACAUGAUGUUUUGCAACUUAUAAAGUAUUUGCUACUUCAGAACUUGGGAGACCAAGCCAUGAGACAACUAACACCAUUGCCCUGAACAGGACUUCCCAUGUCUCCUCUUGUUUUGAGCAAUUUCGAUGCAUUAUUCAUUUCUACGUAAAUAUCGAAUCUAACGUUUCCGUUUUACAGACAAAUUCUUUCCCUAUGUAUUACGGCUACCAAUACGUUCACGACACUCCUUGCAAAUAAAGGCACUUCAAUUCCAGCUUUUCAAACUCUUUUCAAUUAUGUUCUUUUGUGCGCCAUCUACACGACGUAUACUAUUUACAAGUAUGGAUGGAGGAAUUACUUGAAGCUCCUUUGGGUAGAUGGCUGGAAAUACGUCAUUUUGUCCUUCAUGGAUGUCGAGGGAAACUAUUUCACUGUGUUGGCUUAUCGAUGGAGUACGUAUUCUUUUGAGUCUUUUAACAGAGGUUUCAGUACCUCUUUUGGAGUGACGAUUACUAACAUUCUACAGCUAAUGUCUUAAGCGCCCAACUUAUUAAUUUUUGGUCCAUCGUUUGUGUUGUCAUCGUCUCGUUCUGUUUCCUCGGUGUUCGAUACAAGUGGCUCCAAGUCAUUUCCAUUCUAGUCUGUUGUGGUGGAAUGGGUAUCCUCCUCGCAUCUGAUCACAUUACUGGUUCCAAUGGAGGCAACCCGCCCACCAUGUUGAAAGGUGACCUUUUUGCAUUAGCUGGCGCUACCCUGUAUGGUCUCUCAAACGUUUUUGAAGAAUGGUUCGUUUCCAAACGCCCCAUGUACGAAGUCUUAGGCAUGCUUGGACUCUUUGGCAUCAUCAUCAAUGGUAUCACAGCCGCCAUAUUCGAUCGCCACUCAUUUGAAACCGCCGUCUGGGACGGCGAAGUUGGAGGCUAUAUCGUUGGAUAUACACUCGCACUUUUUCUGUUCUAUACACUCGCUCCUAUCAUUCUGCGAAUGGCCUCUGCGGCAUUCUUCGAUAUCUCGCUUCUCACGGCUAAUUUCUGGGGUGUUAUUAUCGGCAUCAAUGUUUUUGGAUACACUAUUUACUACUUGUAUCCAAUUGCAUUUGUGUUGAUCAUCCUAGGACUGUUCGUAUAUUUCUUAUCUGGAAGUAUUCUGGGAGAUGCAGUCAAACCGUGGUUGGGCAAAGAUCAACAGGGUGGUGUUGCAGGUGUAGGAACCGCGAAGCUGAAGGCUAUUAAUGAAGCGAGACGGGAGGGUCUUGUUAAUUCUGGAGAAGGAAUGGCUUGAUUGGUAGGUUUUAAUGUGGUAUGAUAAUAUUUAAUGAAUGGUUCUAAUGGAUGAUUCUAAUGAAUGGUUUUAAUGAAUGGUUAUCUUAAAAUGAUGGAUAGUAUAUAGACGAAGUGUAAUAGAGGAACGCAUAAAUGUGAAUUUCUUCCGAAAUCAAAACGACU